AUGUUUUUGAAGGUGCUAGCAGCCGCAAGGCAACGUCAAUCAAAUGCAGUCAAUGCCAAAAAUGAAGUAAUAAGCAGACGUGGCACCAUACGGGAUCGGAUUAGCAAAACUGAGCAAGCAUUGGCACAGAACAAGCAGGAAUACGAGCAACUGAAGGCUACCCUCUUGAACAGCACGAAUUUAACCGAGACAAUUCUGCAACUGUUGAAAGAUUUGAGUUCGUUGCAAGUAAACGUGAUCCAUUUGAGGCAAGAACUGCAAGCGCGUCACGAAUUGGAUAACAAAGAUCUGGCAGUUGGGUGGGAAUCUAUAGAUGCACCACUCAAUGCCAUAUCGAACUACUUGAAUAAUGGUGGAUUUGUAAGGGAUUUGGCCGGCUGGGGAAUUGACAUCAAAGGCUUUGAUGUAGAGUCAAUCAGAUCUCUGGGUAUCGACAUUGACCAGAAAACGGCUCAGUUGCUGGGAAUAGAAUCACAGUGA